AUGGCUGCACUGAGUUGUCUUCUGGACAGUGUUAGAAGGGACAUAAAGAAGGUGGACAGAGAACUAAGGCAGUUGAAAUGCAUUGACGAACUCAGCACACGAUGCCUGUGUGACUUAUACAUGCACCCAUAUUGCUGCUGUGACUUGCACCCGUACCCGUACUGCCUGUGCUAUUCAAAGCGAUCACAGUCCUGCGGCCUGUGUGAUUUCUACCCAUGUUGCCUGUGUGAUGCCAAGCUUUACUGUCUUCGCCCGUCUCUCAGAAGUUUGGAGAGGAAAGCCAUUAGAGCCAUAGAAGAUGAAAAGAGAGAGCUUGCCAAAUUGAGAAGAACAACAAAUAGAAUUCUAGCCUCCUCUUGCUGUAGCAGUAACAUUUUAGGAUCAGUGAACGUGUGCGGCUUUGAACCCGAUCAAGUCAAGGUGCGAGUGAAGGACGGAAAGGUGUGCGUGUCAGCUGAGCGCGAGAACAGAUACGACGGCCUGGGAUCGAAAAAGUACAGCUACAUGAACAUCUGCAAAGAGUUCAGCUUGCCCCCGUGUGUAGAUGAGAAGGACGUGACGUACUCCUACGGGCUCGGCAGUUGUGUCAAGAUCGAGUCUCCCUGCUACCCUUGCACGUCUCCCUGCAACCCCUGUGAUCCCUGCAGCCCCUGUGACCCCUGCAACCCAUGCUAUCCCUGUGGGAGCCGGUUUGCCUGUAGGAAGAUGAUUUUGUAA